UGUUGUAAAGAAGGGCGUUAACCGUAGAAUGGUGCCGCAAAUUGGAAUAAUCGAAUUUUUAAGAAAAAAAUAUCAAAAAACAGAACCUGUUGAUUUAAUGCUUAUUGAUGUUGAAGGGGCUGAAUUUGGAAUUUUGGAAAAAUUUGUUGGUAAGUAUUUGGCAUUUCUAAAGAAUAUAUUUUUCUUUAAUUUUACAGAACAUUCCAAAUAUUUCCCAAUUCCAAUAUGUCAAUUAAAUAUGGAAAUACAUCAUCCAAAUGUUAAAAUUUAA